GACAACUGGCCAUCAAAUCGGGCGAUGCAUUCAUUCUUGUAUUCUCUGUGGACGACAGCGAGUCCUUCGAAGAGGUCCGACGGCUCCGGGAACUCAUACUUGAGCUCAAGAGCCAAGACAACAACGACAACGACAACCACAACCAGAUCCCGAUCCCCAUCUGCGUCGUCGGCAAUAAAAACGAUUUAUUAGACGAUCGACGAGUCAUUAGAAAGGAAGUGGCGGAAAGUGUGAUAUGUCUGGACUGGGAGAACGGGUACGUCGAGUGUUCGGCCAAAAGCAACACAAAUGUAGUGAAAAUAUUUCAGGAGCUAAUGAUCCAGACUAAAGUG